GGUCUGGCAGGUGCAGGGGGAGUCGCUGGAGCCACUCAAGCAGUGGGUGUUGGACCCAGUGACGGCAGAGUUCACUGGCGACGGUCAGCUCGGAUCCGUUUCGUCGUACGAUACGCGUCUCUCGAAUGGAAUGCUGCGCCUCUCCGACGGCUUCCUGCAGACCUACGACAUCAUCUGCGACAAGGUGGAAGCGUGGCUGCAAUACGAGGAGCCACCAGGAACGAGGUGCAUCGACAAGACCGUUAGAAACAGAUGGUUCGAGUAUAUAUGUUUGAUUGUAAUUGCUGGCCAUGCCGUCUUCAUGCUCUUCGCUGCGGAUUACGAGGUCCAGCAUAGGCACAUCGACAACAGUGAUGGCAACAUCGUCUACGUUGUAUCCUUGUGUUUCACGAUAUGGUACAGCAUAGAGUUGCUGUUAAAGCUUCUAUCUCAUAGGCAGUAUUUCUUUUGUGGCCCGGAUGUCGGAUGGAAUAUGUUUGAUCUGUGUUUGGUUACUUUCGCAAUAUUGGACCAUCUUCCUGCUUCUAUUGGAGACGAUGUCACGUUUUUACGCUCUCUUCGAACUUUAAGGAUUGCCCGGACGUUGCGGAUUUUACGAAUGGUGAGAUUCUUAAAGGAAUUGCGUUUGUUGAUGAAGUGCAUCUUGUCAUCGUUCUUGUCGUCAUUUUGGUGUAUCGCGUUCAUGGUAUUUGUCAUGUACAUGUUCGCCCUUUAUCAGAAGGGUUUCGCCCCCUGCCGCUGGCCCCUCUUCUCAUUACUUGCAUGGCUUUUGUCGAUUUCGUUAGUUGGUAGAUUGUUUGAUUGGUCCGCAGGCUGGCGACCCCGCUGGUGGGCUGGCUGUCAGGAUGGAGGGUUGGCUACGUGCUUGGCCGAAGGGCUGGUUGGCAGGUUCGUGGACUGCCUGGGGUGCAUGGUGGGCGGAUUCGGAAAGCGCACGUGCUUGUGUUCCAACCAUCUUGUGUGAGUUGGGUCCUGGCUUGGAUCCGCAGCGUCGCACUCCGCCUUCUCACCUCCUCCCCGCACCUCCUGCCUCUGCCCUCCGCGUGCUCACUUCGGCACGCCCACCCCACGAUCCGUGGCCCC